AUGUCAUAUACAAUAACUGAAGUAAAUGGUGUAAAAACCUACAACUUAUCAGCAGGAAAAACCCUCCCACAAUUUCUCUAAGAAGCAAAAAAAAAAAAUUCAUCAUUAAAAUACAACCAAGAUUUUAGAAAAAGAAUAGAAUUAAUUUAAGAUUUUGAAUUUCCAAUAUCAUGUAAUUAAGUAGAAAUAACUCCAGACGAAAAGUAUAUAGUAACAACUGGAACAUAUGCACCAACAAUAAAAAUAUUCGAAACAGCCGAACUUUCAAUGAAAUGCUUAAGAGGAGUUGACUCAGAAAUAGUAAAGUUUGCAAUCUUAGAUUAAGAUUAUUCAAAAUUAGCCUUUGCUUAAAGUGAUAGAAAUAUAGAAUUUCAUGCUUAAUAUGGAAAACAUUAUAAAACAAGAAUUCCUAAAUUUCCAAGAGAUAUAACAUAUAAUCCAUAUACAUGUGAUUUAUUAAUUUCAGCAUCAUCAAAAGAAAUAUAUAGAAUUUCAUUAGAAGAAGGAUAGUUUCUGAAAAGUUUCGAAAGCGCCUGUAGUGAUAUAAACACUCUUUCAUUCAAUAAACAACUUAAUAUACUUGCAUCUGGUGGAAAUGACGGUAUAAUCGAAAUAUGGGACUACCGUUAAAGAGAAAAAGCUUCAAAUAAAAUAUUCAAUAAUGGAUAAGAUAUUACUUAUUGUACAUUUGAUUCUUCUGGUAUGGUUUUUGCAGCAGGAAGUGAUAAAGGACUUGUAAGGUUAUAUGAUAUUCGUUAAGAAAGCCCUAUAUUGGAAAUAAAGCAUCAUUAUAAAUUACCUAUAAAUACUAUAGCAUUUCAUGAAAAAAGUCGUAACAUAAUCAGUAGUAAUGAGAGAGUUAUUAAGAUAAAUAAUUAAGAUAAUGGAAAGGUAUUUACUUCUAUAGAACCUAAUUCGGGAAUCAAUAGGUUCUGUUUGUGUCCCAAUAGUGGGUUGCUACUUGUGGCCUAGGAAGAAUCUAGAUUAGGUACUUAUUUUAUUCCUUAGAUGGAUAAUGCGCCUAGAUGGUGUAAUUUUCUGGAAAAUAUUACAGAAGAAUUAGAAGAAAGUUAAAGUAAUUUAGUCUAUGAUGAGUUUAAAUUCCUUACUUAUGAUGAGUUGGAGAAAUUAUAGGCGACUAAUUUAUUAGGGAGUGCAAUGUUAAAAGUACAUUUGCAUGGGUACUUGAUGCAUAUGAAACUUUAUAAUAAACUUUUACAGAAAGCUGAUUUGUUUAGCUUUUAGGAUUAUUAGAAAAAUCUAGUGAAGAAAAAAAUUAGUGAAUAGCAGUAAAGUAGGGUCUCGAUGAAAAAUAAAGUCUAGAAAAAUAAUAACUAAGACCUGUUUUAGGAUAAGGAUAAGGUAAAUAAUCCAUUAAUGGAUAAUAGGUUUAAAGGAAUGUUCAUUAAUGAGGAUUUUGCUAUUGAUAAAAAUAAUGAAGAGUAUUUAAGAUUACAUCCUAGUGAAGGAAAUAGAGGAUAAAAAUCAGAUAAUUUUUUUGUAGAUGAAGAGGGGAAUUUAGGUUAGGAUGAUACUUUGUAAAUAAAAAUGGAUUAGAGAAGGAAAAAAUUAGAUUUGUAAUAAAAAAAAAUGGAGAAAAUUUAAAAAAGUAAAGCUAUUUAAAAAGAAAAAGCUAAGAAAUAUACAUUCGAAGAUAAAAUUAAAAAAUAAAAAAAAAAUUUCAAAAAUAAAUAAAAAUGA